CAGUGACCAUGAGAUGCUUAAAAAAGUAAACAGAAAAUGGCGUCAAUAAACAGCAUUUGAGUUGGUCGAAAUCCGUGUUUACAAUCGAAUUUACAUUUUGGUUGUGGUUAUGAAGUGCAAAAGUGCAAGCACGUAAUAGUUACUUUUAUGAUGUAAUCAAGAAAGUUGAUUAUGUUUUUAGGUUUAUUUUUUGAUUCUUGCUUUGUUUCUGUUUCACAAUCUUGAAACUAAAGACGUCAUUCUGAUACAUUAUAGCAAUGAUACUUCGAACAAUGAAAGCAAGUUUAUUAUGCUUUGAUAAAUAUAGGAAUUAUUUUCUUUGUUUAGUACAAAUAAAAAGGAAAUUUAUUAAUAUUUAACGAAUUGUUUUCAAAUUAUCGAAGAAAAGGAAAUGUCUCUCUACGUGUUCAUUGUUAGUUCUGGUACCACCUUGAAAUUUGAUGUGGAGUUUGCGGUAAAAAAAGUUUUAGAAUUGAAGAAUGCAAUUACAGAGAGAAAAGGCAUUCCAGUUCAAGAUCAGGUUUUGUUAUGUAGUGGAGGGGAAGAAUUAAAAUGUGAUUCAACGGUAGGAAACUAUUCAGGAGCUGGGACAGACACUAAUCCCAUUUUCCUUUUUCAAAAAGGCCUUUUUGAUCCUAAUAAUAGUCAUUUUGAUCAUAUGCAGCAAAAUGUUCCUAUUAUGACUUCACUUGACCUUAGCAUUGAAAAUGAUGUGAAAGGUUGUGCAAACAUGAUCCCAAGCAUUCAAGUAUUAACAGUUAAAGCUUCUCUUGCCCAGCGUUUUGCUGACUAUGCAUUGAAAGGAAAAGAAGAAUGUAUAGCUCUUGUUCGUGAUCAACAUUUACAGCAGCAAGGCUGGGCAGCUGUUAUUGCCAAUUUAGAUGAUAUUAAAGAUUCUUUACAGAAAAAUUUUCAUCACCUCUGUGAUCUCUUUGGAAAUUUCUUAGAAAAUGUGCCCCGGUUUCAAGAAAUUCUUAAAUUGGCUCUGGAAGAUAUAGCAUUACUUGCCAAAGUUCCUGUUUUACCUAAAUUAAUUGGUGAUAUUGAUGAAUCUACCGAACAAGAUUUAGAAACAAAGCACACAUUAUUAACUUGGUUUUGUACAGAGCCUCAAUAUUAUAUUGUGUCUGUGGCAGAAAAGUGUCAAGCUGGCAUUGCUGCACUAAAUGAAGAAUGCCUUAUGUAUCUUAAAAAGGAAUUCUUGAAUGUGCUUAAAGAUGCUGAUAAUCCUGAAAUUAAAGAAGUGAAAGGCAUUGGAGAUAGAUUAGCAAGUUUAAAUAAACUGAUUGAAGACUUUGAUAAGAUUUGUAAUGACCAAAAUGAAAUGAAAACGGUAUUUAGUCCUGAUAAAGUGAUGCAUGCCAGAGAUCCAAAUCUUUUGCCUGAUCUUUGCAUGACUUUUCAAAGACAGCUAGAAUUAAUGUUAGGCCAUCAUAAGGAACUUAUAGAAAUUUUAGAGAAAUGUGUGAAAGCUAAAAGAGAGUUAUCUGACAACAUAAACCAUCGUAUUCAAUAUAUUUCUUUCAUUGAAAGCAAUAUCAGUAGAAUGCAAACAAAAAUACACAAUUUUCGAAAAUAUAUGCAGUCGGUAAUGAAUCAGAUUGAUUGCUUGCACCAAGUUCAUUUAGCUCCUCAAAGAUAUUUAAAAAUGUGUUCUGAAGUUUGCAGACGAAGAGAGUUCUCUGCUCGAUACAUGAAGUGGGCCACAGAACUUUCAUCCCAAUGUGCAAAAUUAUAUGAAACUGAAGUUUCUUUAAGAAAGAAUAUUAGUAAAGAGGUAAAAAAUAUGGUUGAUGGUUUGUUUCCUGGAAUGAAUGAUAUGCCUCCCCCUUUUGCAAUUGAAUGUCCUCAGCCUUUUGACCAACAUUUGCCUGAAGUAACUCGUGAGGAUUUAGAUUGGUUAAAGACUUGUGUUCCAGAGCUCGCCCACCUGUGUGAAGUGCUUCCUCCUGAACCUUUACCAUGCAUUUCUCAAGCUGAAUCAGACUCUGCUUUCAGCAGCAACAUUCCAUCAUCGCUGAAAAUAAGCUCAUUGGAAAAUAGCCACUCCAAUAUAUUGAAGGUGCAUGCCAAAAUAUCUGCAUUACAGAAAUUCAUCCAGGAGCUCCGAAAGAACCUGCAGCAUGAUCUCUCCAAUUUGAAAGCAACUGUGAAGGACGAUCUGUGUGAAGGAAUGUCACAAGCAUCGCAGAUAGUAGAAAACAUCAACUCUUAUAUGCAGAGACUUAAUCAACAAAUGCUUCUAGAAAAGGAAGAAGCACUGGAUGAAGCCAAAAAGGAAUUUUCUUCAAUAGAAAAUGCGUAUAUACAUAGAUUGGAAGUUGAAAGUCAAAAACUGAAUGAUGCAGAAAAUCAGAUUGUGCAUUAUGAAGAACGACUUCGAGAAGCUCUAUCUAGCAUAGAAGAUUUAAAACAUGAGAAAGAACAGCUCUACUGUGAUCUUCAAAAGCAAAAGGAGCUUACAAAAGGGUAUUUGUUGGAGCAUGAACUUGAAUUGGAUUUACUCAAAAACCAAAUGAAAGAAAAAAUAGAAGAACAAGAAAUAAAAAUUAUUGAAUUGAAUCAGGCUCUUUCAAAUGCUCUCAGUGAAAUAACAAAUCUGAAAGAAGAAAAGUCCAAGAUUGAGGAAGAUUAUAAUGAAAAACUUCAAAAAGAACAAUCCAUACUAUCUGAAAUGCAGGAAAAACAAAAUCAUCUGAAUCAGGAAUUAAUUCGGUUACAAGAGACAAAAGAUGUUACAAAUAACAUUUCAGACCUUGAAAUGGAACUUAAACUUAUUAACAAUGAAAAGAUUCAGUGCCUGAAGGAUCUAGAAGACACUCGACAGAAUUAUGAUAAACUCAAAGCGGAAAUAGAGGUAUGCAAAGAAACAGCACUUAAAAAGUUGGAAGAAAAACUUUGUCUUCGGCAUAAAACGGAAAUGGAUGCUAUUCGCUGUCGCUAUAGGUUUACUCUGGAGGCUUUACCAUUUGCUUCUGAUGCAGAAUCCUUAGAUCUGGAGAUGCACACUCUACUUGAAGGCAUAAAAAAGGAGAUAAUUGAAAAUUCUGAUUCUUGGAGUGAUGAUCUACAAGCUUUUGCUGAAAAAUAUAAAAAAGAAUUAGAUGAUAUGAUAGAAGAAGUUUUAAAAAGGCAAAAAGAAAGAGACAAACUAAUUUUAACACUGCAAUCAGACCAUGAGGAAGCAUUAGAAAAACUGAAAUCUCGUAUUACUGCUGAAAAUCAGGUAUCUUUCAAUGAAGCCAUCAAUAGAUUAGCUAAAGAUAAAGAUGCUAAAAUUGAUGAUUUGCAGUCACGAAUAUCUGUUUUGGAAGCCAAAUUAUUUGCCAUUAAAUCACAUUUAAGUCAGUAUCCUUCGCCAACAGAAGGCCUUAUUACAACUAGUGACUCAUCUAUGUCCCAAAGUGAUUCUGGUGCUUCUUGUUCUUCCAAAAUCUUUCUAAGUGCAGAUGAAAGUAGACUGCUCACUAAGCUGCAAAAGGAACUGGAACCUGUUCUGGAAUCAGUUCCUUUAUUGAGUCAAAGUACCCAUAGCAGUGUAGUACAAAGUGAAAGUUUGAAAAAGAAAUUGAAAUCGAGAGAUGAAUCUAGUCAACGAUUAUGGAUGGGACAUACUCCAUCUCAGCCACCUUGUUUUGACUGUAAUAACAAGAUUUCCAUUUUAACUUGUAAUGAAGGAGACUUAGUCUUAUUGUGUUAUGAAGAAAGGCAUGAAAAUUUUGCUGUAUUUCAUUUUGGACCUUUUGUUCAUUUUCUUCACUCCGACAGCCUACAAGCUUUAAACUUGAAACUUCCUGCUGGACCAAAUGAGCGAUGGGCCCUAGGUGUUGUAGUAAAGAAAGAAUUUUGUGUGACAAAAAAACAAGAAAAUAGGUACAAAGUAUCUUGUGGUACAAAAUUUUAUCGAGUUAAAGUGAAACCCUGGGAUCGUGAGACUGCUCUUGCCCUCCAUCAAUUGCAACGAAGCACACAUAUGACAUCCACUGUAUGUUCUUCCAAACCAUCCAUUUCCCAGUCAUCUUCGAAGGAUGCAGAUGGAGGAAAAGGAGGAGGAUCGGGUAGCAUGUCUGCUUCAGCUAUUUGACGUAACCAUGGAUAAUUGAAUACUACAAUUGUGAUAGACUGUGCAAACCACAAACUGGUUGUGUACUUAUUAAGAAUAUAUGAUUACUUGAAGAAACGAAUGAAAAAGUGUAAAUGACUCCUUACAUAUGUCUACGUUUGAUCCUACUGCAAGUUAUUUGUAAAUCAUAGUAAAGUUAAAAUUAUCUAAGCUUUUCUUUAUAUUCAUUUAAAAUAUGUUUUGAAAUUACAAACUAUGUUACAAUAAUGUCAUUUUGUAAUAAGUAAUAAAAUUUACUCUUACAGAAUUAAUUUUUCAUAAACAGUUUUUUCAUAAAUUAAUUCAUCUUAAUUGGGAAAUCUUUUUUAAUUUUGUUGGUUGAUUUGGGCUUUUCUUUUGGUUUUUUUUUUAACUUUUAUGAUUAAUAUUUUUUUCAUAUUUACAAAAUUCAAUUGUGAACAAAGUUUUUACUUUUCAUACCUAUUAUUUCUAUGUAUUUAAGAUAUGCUAGAACUGUAUUUUUUUUUUUUUUUUGAUGAAUAGGGCUUGUAUCAAAUAAACUGCUUUAAUAUAUGAUGAAAUUAUGUCUGAAGAAUUAUCCAUAGAAUUUAUUCACUGAAUAAAUUCUAUGGAUUCUAUUAUUUAAGAAUUUUAGUGAAUAUUUUUUAAGUAAAAUUAUCUUUUUAAUUUUUAUACCUUAUUUCAUUAAAUUAUUAUACUUAUAAUAAGUCUUUAUUAUUUAUGUUUAAUUAAACAAGGGACUUUGGGAGUUUGAAAAUAAGUUCUUUAUUACACAAAUUUUUGUGAAUGCAUUCAAUUUUAUGCCCUUUUCUCAAAUAUGGCUACCUAAUUCUUUUAUAACAAGAAUUAAAGUUUUAUUUAAACUUUAUUUUAGAACGAUAAUUUGAAAUUAGAAUGUUUUAGUGCACUUAAAAAUGUGUAAUUUCUAAGUCUCUCUGUGAUCAAAGAAGUAUUGUGUUCAAAUAAAUAAUUUAUUCAACUUCUCUGGGAGAAUUAAGUGAACUUCUGCCAAUAUAUAAGUGAUAUAUUUGUAAAAAGUUCCCAUGUUAUUUGUCUGCUUCUUUGUCUUUAUUUAUUUGGGCAAUGUUAUCAAAAGGGAAGAAGAUUGGUUUUUUAUAGAAAAUGAUUUAGUUUGUUAAAGUGCAACUAUUUUAGUACGAGAGAUUUCAUUGUAGUUUUUAUGAGUUUUAAAAAUAGUGUGAACCAUUCUUUGGGUAUGAAUAGUCUUAUUUCUACAGAUAAAAUUAUUUAUUAAAUUUUUAAUUGAAAUAACUUAAAAUUGUUUGCCUUUCACUGCCUGAUUUUACUAAGACCUUUAUGUUUAUUGCUCAAAACCAAAUUUUGUGUCAUUUGUCAACCAUCCAUAUUUAAUGCCUGAGAUUCUUUAUGUGAAUUUUUAUAGUGACUUUUUUUAGACUUAAAAAAAAUUCAUUUUUGUCUGAUGCUGUACUUCCAUAACGUUCCUCCUUUGAAAUUAAGCUUUUUUUUUUAAACAUGUAUACAUGUGAUUAUCUUAGAGGAGGAAGAAAGAGCUAUCAAUGCAUCUUUUUUAUUAUCAUUUGCUAUUGUAAACAUAUGAAUGUUUCUGUAUCAGGGAUAUAUCGUUAUAUAGGCUUUAAAAUGAAACAAUUGCUGACAUUAAAUAUGAAUAUUCACUAAAGUUUAAAAAGUUAUCAAAAUAUUAUAUAUCAUAUUUUUAAUUUUCUAAAAUUUCUUUCUUAUUUUUUGAAAUUUUGACUCUUAAUUAUUAAAAUUCUAAUUUACUAAAUGGAAUUUUGUUGUGAAUUUGAAGUUUUUCUUUUCUUUUGAAAACGAGUUAAUGAUAAUCUCUAAAGAUUUUAUCUAAUAAAUAUUUGCUUAUUAAUUUUAUGAUGUUACAGUUAUUUUUAAAAUUCUGUAUGAAAUAUGCUGCUUCCCUCCAAAACAUUUGAAGCCUAUUUUUUAAAAGUCAACAUGCUAUCUGCAUCAAAUGCAGGGAAACUGCACUGCAAAGUGUGCCUUCUGAAGCUCAGAAUAAAAAUGGGCUUGAAAUGACUCUAAAUAUGGCCAUGGAAUGUGUCCUGAAAUAUCUUGUGUGUAUAUACUACAUUGCUCUAAUCAUUGUAGAAAUGAAGUCUUCUGUACAAAAUUUCCUUUUAGUGUGCAUAUUGUACAGAUUGCUACAAUUUUAGCUGUAAAUGUUAGUAUAUGCACUAUUAUAAACUGCCAAAGAGCAGCUUGUCUUCAAAUUAUGUCGCCUAUUUUUGCAUGUAUAUAGAAUUAAGGCCAUGUACAUGUGGCAGUUUCAGGGCUUUACUAGAUUGUAAUAUAGUUUUCAUAAAAGUGAGCACCUGUAUUGUUUUUAAGGUAUAGUUUUGCCCUUCUCUGUAAAAUACACUUUACAGCUUUUUCUAAUGCAGUUAAAAUGCCACAAUCAAAGACUGUUAAUAAAUCAUUUUGUUACUUA